UUUGGGAAAAAGACCUCUAUUCUUAACCCACUCUUGAGACUUCACUUUUCACCCCCUUUUAUCCAUUGAUGAUCUCAUGCAAACAAAAAAUUAUUUCUCAUCAGCAGCCGCCGACGACGAAUUGAUCAGCCGCCACUGUUUCCCCAGCCUCCGUCGCCUCUAGUCAGACGUCGCCGUAGCGCUGACGCCGAGUCUCUCUUUCGUCCCAGAGAAACUGGGUUCACUAGUAUGGCUUGGAUGGAGAAGGUUGUUGCUGACAGUCCUGAGAAGCAAUCACCUUGCGGGAAUGGUUUUCUGAAAGAUUCUCAUCCAUCUCCUGAAAGCAGCUCUCCAAAAUGUAAUGGUCUUUUGGAGAAAGAACUUGAUGUGAAGGAUUCUCUCUCUUAUGCAAACAUUCUUCGCUCCAGAAAUAAAUUUGUUGAGGCGCUAGGCAUAUAUGAGGGAAUAUUGGAGAAGGACAGGGAAAAUGUAGAAGCUUUCAUAGGAAAAGGGAUAUGUUUGCAGAUGCAGAAUCUUGGAAGGCUUGCUUUUGAGAGUUUCUCAGAAGCAAUAAAACUUGAUCCUCACAAUGCAUGUGCUCUUACACAUUGUGGUAUUUUGUACAAGGAUGAUGGCCGACUUGUUGAUGCAGCUGAGUCUUAUCAGAAGGCUUUAGAAGCUGAUUCAUCAUAUAAGCCGGCAGCAGAAUGCUUAGCAAUUGUACUAACAGAUAUUGGGACCAGCUUAAAGCUUGCUGGAAAUACUCAUGAAGGGAUUCAGAAAUACUACGAGGCUCUCAAAGUAGAUCCACGUUAUGCUCCUGCAUAUUAUAAUCUUGGUGUUGUCUACUCUGAAAUGAUGCAGUAUGACACUGCUCUCACCUGUUAUGAGAAGGCUGCAUUGGAAAGGCCUAUGUAUGCUGAAGCCUACUGCAACAUGGGUGUCAUAUACAAAAACAGGGGGGACCUGGAGUCUGCAAUUGCAUGUUAUGAGAGGUGUUUGGCAGUGUCUCCAAAUUUUGAGAUAGCGAAGAAUAAUAUGGCAAUAGCUUUGACAGAUUUGGGAACAAAAGUUAAGCUAGAGGGCGACAUUGAACAAGGUGUAGUGUACUAUAAAAAAGCUUUGUACUACAAUUGGCAUUAUGCUGAUGCUAUGUACAACCUUGGUGUUGCGUAUGGUGAAUUGCUGAGGUUUGAGAUGGCAAUUGUCUUCUAUGAACUUGCAUUCCAUUUCAAUCCUCAAUGUGCAGAAGCAUGCAAUAACUUGGGGGUUAUCUACAAAGAUCGUGAAAAUCUUGAUAAGGCAGUUGAGUGUUAUCAGAUGGCUUUGUCUAUUAAACCGAACUUCUCCCAGUCUCUGAAUAAUCUUGGUGUUGUUUAUACAGUUCAGGGAAAAAUGGAUGCAGCUGCUAGCAUGAUUGAGAAAGCCAUCAUUGCGAAUCCAACUUAUUCUGAAGCAUACAAUAAUUUAGGAGUUCUAUACAGAGACGCUGGUGAAAUAUCUCGUGCUAUUGAAGCUUAUGAACAAUGUCUCAAGAUAGAUCCUGACUCGCGCAAUGCAGGCCAGAAUCGUUUACUUGCUAUGAACUACAUCAACGAAGGCGAUGAUGAUAUGUUAUAUGAGGCUCACAGAGACUGGGGCAGGCGUUUUAUGAGGCUGUAUCCUCAGUAUACAUCUUGGGACAACCCAAAGGAUCCUGAAAGGCCUCUUGUUGUUGGAUAUAUUUCCCCGGAUUUUUUCACCCACUCUGUAUCAUACUUCAUUGAAGCACCACUAGCACAUCAUGACUACAAGAACUACAAAGUGAUAGUUUAUUCAGCAGUUGUGAAGGCAGAUGCUAAAACUUUAAGAUUUCGAGAAAAAGUGAUUAAGAAGGGUGGGUUGUGGAGAGAGAUAUAUGGCGUGGAUGAGAAGAAGGUUGCUCAGAUGGUCAGAGAAGACAAGGUCGACAUUUUUGUAGAACUUACUGGGCAUACAGCAAAUAAUAAAUUGGGAACAAUGGCUUGUCGACCUGCUCCAGUGCAGGUGACUUGGAUUGGCUAUCCAAAUACGACUGGUUUACCUGCAAUUGAUUACAGAAUUACGGAUGCACUGGCUGAUCCUCCAGAUUCAAAACAGAAGCAUGUUGAGGAGUUAGUUCGAUUACCAGAUUCUUUUCUUUGUUACACACCUUCUCCAGAAGCUGGCUCUGUUUCGGCAGCUCCAGCUCUUAGUAAUGGCUUUGUCACUUUUGGUAGCUUUAACAAUUUAGCCAAGAUAACCCCCAGAGUUUUGCAAGUUUGGGCAAAAAUAUUAUGUGCUGUACCAAACUCUCGUCUAGUGGUGAAAUGCAAACCAUUUUGUUGUGACAGUAUAAGACUUAGAUUUAUUUCAACAUUAGAGCAGCUGGGAGUGGAUCCUGUACGUGUUGAUCUGUUGCCCUUAAUUCUUUUGAAUCAUGAUCACAUGCAAGCAUAUGCUCUCAUGGACAUAAGCUUGGACACUUUUCCGUAUGCUGGAACAACCACAACAUGUGAGUCGCUUUACAUGGGGGUUCCAUGUGUUACUAUGGCUGGCAAUGUGCAUGCUCAUAAUGUUGGUGUUAGUCUCCUUAGCAAAGUUGGGUUAGGCAAUCUGGUUGCGAAGACUGAAGAUGAGUAUGUAAACCUAGCAAUUAAGUUGGCUUCAGAUAUUAAAGAGCUCUCGAAUUUGAGGAUGACUUUGCGGGAUCUCAUGGCUGAAUCUCCAGUAUGUGACGGAGCGAAUUUUACGCGCGGUUUAGAAGAAGUAUACCGAAGUAUUUGGUGCAGGUACUGCAAAGGUGACGUCCCAGCUUCAAAACGCAUAGAAAUUUUACAGCAGCAGCAACAAUGUGUUUCUCAAGAGGCAAGUGUUGUGCCAUUGAGAGUUAUAACCUCAAAAGACGAUUCUCCUCUCAAGACAAAUGGUUUCAACCUAGUCCCACCACCACCGGUAUUAAGUCUCGCCUCCUCCGAAGAAAAUGGAACUCAGUUGAUCAAAUGAGUUGUUGAAUGCCUUUGCUGAUAUGCGACAACGAUGUUGACAUCCAUGGACUGGGCUGCUCCGUUUUGAAAUAUUUUUUUUCUGGCGAGGAUGGUUGUGGGCAUGAUUUUAUGUUAUUCUCCAUGGUAAUUGAUAUUUGACAGAUGGGUAGUACGUCUGUCUGCGAUGAUUUCUUCACUUCCCCGCGUCCAGCUUAUGGUGCUUUCGUGUGGGUGCAUAAAGAAACACCAUACCCGCCAUUAUAGAGUUGUAGCAGUUUAUUAUUGAUUGGUCCAUUGAUCAUUAGGUUUUUAGAUGAUAGAGAGAGUGUUUUGAUGAAAAAUUCAAAAUGUAUAGCAUCAGAUUAAUAGUUUAUGUAGUGCUUGCUCAUUGAGAUGUUGUAGCGAUCCAUUUUAAUUUUGGCUUCCUUUUGGUUUAAUAUUGACUUUCAAUUAAGCAUUUUUAGGUUUUACAA